AUGAUGGUCGCUCGUACGGCUGCGGUCGACCCCCGCCGCCGAGGCAGCAGCGUGCUCUGGACCUCCGUACUGUGCCUCCUCGCCCUAUUCUCAUCAAUAGCCCUAGCAGCAUCACCACCAGCAGUCUACGAAACAGACGAGUACAUUCGCAUUCAGCCCGAACUCUCUGCUGCCACCGCCAAGCUCUCUAAUCGCACUGUGCUCGCCUACAUCACGCCGUGGAAUCCGCGUGGGGCGGAACUAGUCGACGAGUACGUGGACAAGAUCGACCUGGUCUCUCCAGUAUGGUAUACGAUCCUCAUCUCUCGCGACUCGCUCUCGCGCUCGACUCAAAAUGGGGCGGAUGCAACCUACGUUCUGUCUGGUGGUCCGCCUUCGAAGACCGAAGAAUCGUGGUUGCACCGCAAGCAGCGGCAGGGGAUCAAAUUCACCCCGCGCUUCUACCUCGACGGAUGGCAGCAGAAGGACUACGCAGACCUCCUCUCCAACUCCGACAACUGGCAACGUCUCGCCGAUGUGAUCACGGGUGAAGCGUCCAAGAUGGGGUACGACGGCGUAGUCUUCGAAUCGGCAGCUAGCCAUCUAUUGUUCGAACCCAUCCGAACCCUCCACUCGGCACUACAGGGGAAGUUGCUCACCGUCGUCCUUCCCCCCUUGCGGACCACCUACUCGAUGGGAGGCAGGGUGGAUAGGACACAGGAAAGUCAAAAUCGAAUGAUCGUACAGUCCAUACCCCAACUUGCCGCCGUGGUGGACUUCUUCAGCAUCAUGACCUACGACAUGUCCUCGGCAGCGGGGAGGGUGAGCGAUGUAGAAGGGAAGGAUUUUCCCACCGACAGCCCUUUGCGUGGGGCCAAGAGGGGGAGUUUGCGCCAACCAGGACCGAAUAGCAGCCCGAAGUGGAUCGAGGAGAACAUUCGGCUCAUCGAGGAAGCGACGAGGGCGGCGGCGAGAGCGAGGAUUAAGACGGCCCAAGCAAAGCGGGCAGCGCAACAGGCAGCUGAGGCCGAAGCGAAGCUCGAAUCCGAUGGAGAAGUAGAGCAGCUUAGGGAUCCAUCCAACCCUUUCCUCUACGACGAUUUCGGGGGGCAGGAGGAGCUCAACGAAGAAGCCGAACGACAACCCACGGAGCAGAUCACGUUGGCGACUUUGGAAGAGCAGGACGACCUGGCAUCAAUACGAGGCAAGCUGCUGAUGGGCAUGCCCAUGUACGGCUACCGCUAUCCGAUCUUCUGGAUUGACAAGUCCACAGGGCAAGGCAUCCCCGUUCCCCCGCCCACCAACGCGUUCGAGGGCAAAGAGCUGGCUAAACGAAGCGACCCUUCCCUCGACACUGCGCUGCUCCCCUUCCUCCGUGGACCAGGCGAGGCGGUGACCAUGGACACAAUCGUCUCGAUCCUCAGCGACAACGAUGGUGCCAUCAUCGACAGUAGGAGCGACGAUGCCGAGGGUUGGUUCGAUUACACCGAGACGGUGACGAGAGAGUCGGUGAAAGGGAGAGAGGCGCACGGGGUCAAACCGGGAGACGAGAUCUAUUGGAGGAUGUAUAUUCCGUUGCCCAGCACGACGAAGCAGAGUUUAGCGGCGCUCGAGGAAAACGACGAGACAAGGCCAGGCGUGUCCUUGUGGGAGUUGGGGCAGGCUAGCUCGCUGCUGCUGCAUGCUCUGUAG